CCCAUGCGCCCAUGCGCCCAUGCGCCGUCCGCUCCAACUUUUUCGAGGCGGACCUUUUCUUUGCGCGCAGCACCACCACGUCCAACCGCUCCCAGUCCUCGCCGCAGCUCCACCAUGGCCAAGUCCGACAAGAAGAGCAUCACGGCCCCGGCCAAUGUCCAGACCGACCUCGACCUUGUCCAGUCCUUCCUCAAGCAGAACGGGCACGAGACGGCCGCCAGCAGCCUCAAGGGCUUUGCAGCAUGGGCGACCAAGCAGUCUGCCAAGGCUGAUGCCAUGGAAGUAGACGAAGACAGCGCCAGCAGCAGCGACUCCAGCUCCGACUCAGACAGCUCCGACUCAGACAGCUCUUCUGACGAGGAGACGGUGCCUGCGCCCAAGAAAGAGAAAAAGACAAAAAAGGCCAAGUCGGUCUCUUCGUCUUCUGCUUCGUCCUCCAGCGACUCCAGCGACUCCAGCGACUCCAGCGACUCCAGCAGCGACUCCAGCAGCGACUCCAGCAGUGGCUCCAGCAGUGACUCCGAGGCCGAGCCCGCCAACGUACCUCUUCCCGAGUCCGACGACUCUUCGAGCGCAUCCAGCGAUUCAGACAGCUCUUCCGACGGCUCUUCCGACAGUUCUUCAGACAGCGACAGCAGCAGCGACGACAGCAGCUCCGAGUCUGAGGCCGAGAAGCCUGCAAAGGCAAAGAAGGCAAAGGAAUCCAACAAGGCAAAGAAGGCAAAGGAAUCCAACAAGGCAAAGAAAUCCAAGAAGGCUGCCUCGGUCUCUUCGUCUUCCGCAUCGAGCUCCGACAGCGACUCAUCCGACAGCGACUCCGACGACAAGCCCGCGAAAAAGGACGACUCCUCUUCCUCCAGCGACUCGAGCUCAGACAGCUCGUCAGACUCGGACUCGGCCUCCUCGGACGACGAGAAGCCCGCCGCCGACCGCAAGGGCUCAGACUCCUCUGCAACGCUCGCAGCCACCUCGCCCCCCGCCCCCGCAAGCAACAAGCGCAAGCACGACGGCGCCGACGAGCUCCCCGCCAAGAAGCGCAGCCACGUCGAGAACCGCUUCCAGCGCAUCAAAGCCGACGUCGAGGUCCUCCCCGAGCUGUCCAGCAACGCCUACGUCUCCUACGACUACGCCGACCGUGCGCACGCCAAGCUCAUCGUCACAAAGGGCAAGGGCUUCACCAAGGAGAAGAACAAGGGCAAGCGCGGCUCCUACCGCGGCGGCCUGAUUGAUACUUCGGGCGGCAAGGGCUUCAAGUUUGAGGAUUAGAAUAAGACGUCUUGAUCAGGGCGACUGCAUCAUAGACGGACGCACGGCUAAGCGCCGUGCGGUUGGCGAACAGGAGUUUUCGGCAAGCAAAAGUUAUCAUACAUACCCUUUCCGCGGCUUUGGUAGCAUCUUCGACAUGUGGACAGGACAUGUAGACAGGGAGCGACCUUUGUAGUAGAUAACUUGUGAUAAAUACUAUCAUUUUCCAAAGCGGAGCGCUUAGUCACACGUGAAGAAGCGACUGGGAUCCAGCUGUGGCUUCAUGCACUCUGCA